AUGAUCCCCGGCUCACGGCUCCGGAUCAUCCCGGGUUUACCCGCGAACCCUUCUCUCGAAACCUUCGAGGUCGACAACGUGACUAUCCCACUGGCGCCUUCCCCGGACCUGCACCUUCCCGUUGACGGCGCACGAGAUCCCAGUUCGAACAGUCGACAACCUGGUCCAGGAAGGGUGACGGUUGAAGAAGUCGAAGAUGAGGAUGCGGGCGGUAUCCCCAAGCAUUUAUGGCGCGGUGAUGCGCAUGCCGCGCGGCGCGCCUCGUACCAAACCACCCAGCUGCAACCGCACCUCCACCGGUCUGCGCGCCGCACCAACCACUACCUCACCGACGCCCGCGCCCCAUGCCAGCCCGACUCUUCCAGCACGUCGCGCACAACACGUGCAUCCCUCCGGCUUCAAGCCGAGCAAGAACAAGAACGCGCUACUUGGCGCAUCGCUGUGCAAGAGCUCUUCAGUGACGACGAAUUCUUUGACGACGUACCUUCGCCACUAGCCACUCACAACCGCCUCCACGACCUCCUCUCCGACUCAGAUUCUGAGUCAGAGAUCCGCUCCAUCCUCCUUCGCAACCUCCCCUUCCCCGCACCGAGUCGCCCCGUUUCCCCAGAUCUCUCCUAUCUCAACACCUCGUUAGACCAGUGGUCACAACUUCCGCUCACGCACCCCAAUCCCAACCUCCCAACCUCCCCUCCCGUCCUUACCGACCUCCAGCAACAUCCCACCAUGGCUCAGCCGUUUCGCAUGCCGUUCCGUGGUGCUUCGGGCGCUCCCAGCUUCAGCCCUACCACCGACGCCCGCUCCAUUAUCGGCUUCUUCGAAGACCUGGACUACAUCUUCGACCAAGCCGCCCCUCUUACCGACAAGGAGAAGAAGACACACACGGUCCGCUAUGCUCCAGAUUCUGAGAAGACGACCUGGCGUGCACUCGAAGAAUUCACGGACGACACUAGGACGUAUGAAGAGUUCCAAGCAGCCGUCAAGAAGGAGUACGUCGGCGACAACAGCACCGGACUCUACAGCCUUCGCGACCUCGACCUCCACGUCUCAACAACGGCGCGCGGUACGCUCGACUCAACUGCGGACUUCAACAUCUACAGUCGACAGUUCCGGGCCAUUGCCACUGUCCUUGUUGCAGGACGGCAGCUCCGCACCGAAGACCGUGACCAUCUGUUCAUCAAUGGCCUCCCUCCCACGAUGCGCACCUCCGUCCUCGACCGCCUUCGCAUCACCGAGACCGCCGUCCGAUAUCCGCGGGACGCAUACACUAUCGCGCAGGUCACGGCUGCCGCGCACCACGUCCUCGAAGCGUCGGUCAUCAGCCUUGGCGCCACCGCUAGUCCCACUGCCCCAGUCCCUGCUGCAACACCGGUCAAGUCCGAAGUCGCCCAGCUCGUGGAGACUCUCAACAUGUUCUUCAGCCAGCAGCGCAUGAGCACCGCGCAACCAGCAGCCCCAGUAGCCCUCGUUCGCGACCGACCUCCACACCUCCCCGCCGCUGUACCGCAGUCUGCGGGAUGCUUUUACUGUGACGACGCUGGGCACGGCAUCCGAACCUGUCCGCACGUUGACGCCGACAUCGCGGCCGGAUUCAUGACACGGCGCGCUGUGGACGGCAAGCUCGUCCUUCCCAACGGCUCCUUUGUUCCACGCACGACCCCCGGCAACACCAUGCGAGAACGAUUCCAGAACUACCAUCAAGCAUACCCGGAUGCUCGGUCCACCGUCGUGAACACGGCGCCACAGAUGCUUCUCGACAUCCUCCACUCUGCCGUCGCCGCUGUCUCUACCGCAUCUACCUAUAGUACUGCCGCCGCCGCCCCUCAGCUGCCCACCCCCGCGCCAACCCACGAUCUCGACCUCGACCUCGAGGAUCAGAUUGAGAGCCAUCGACAGGAGAUCCUGGCCCUCGAGCGCCGCCGCGCGCAGCACAGUGCUCCGUCUACCAGCAGCCGUUCUGAGCGCGCCGGACGCCGCCUUGUCCGCUUCAAUGACGACGCUCCGCCCGCCCCGCGCCCGCUGACGCCCGCCCCACGCAUCCCAGAAGGACUCCUGCCGCAGCCCUCCGCGCGCAUCGAAGAGGUACCAGACGAGGACGCACCUGUACGCCGCGCCCCCGACGAGCCGACGCGUGCCAUCGCCCGACCUCUGCCGCCUCUCCCGGGUCCCGCACAAGGUGUUCCUGUGACCGCGCCUGCUGCUGACACUGACGACGAAUACAGUCAGCCCCCAAGCACCUCUGACAAGUCCGCAACGACGCACCUGCCCGUGCGCGAGCACCCGUUCUCCGACGUCCGUGAUGCAACCUACGCUCCGCCCACCCAGCGCAACUUCGGUGCUCCUCCUCCUCGACCUGCCGUAUCUGCCGCCCCGAAACCGUCCCCCGCAUUCUCCACGCGCCCGCCUGUCUAUGACCCACAGCACCUCAAAAACGUCGCAAAACGCAAUCUGUCCGCACAAAACAAGCUCAUCUCGGAGGUCGAGCUACUGUCCAUGUCGCCGGACUACUGUGCCUACGUCCGCAACCUCGUCACCCCAAAGCGCACUCCAAAUACGACAGCACUCACUCAGGAUGUCGACCGCACCACCCAGCCCUCCCCCCACGACAUGCGCACUUCACGGAGCAGCGCUCUCGCCAACAACAUGCCUGCCGCCUUUGCAGCUGCAGCUCAAGCAUCCCCGCCCGUCGAUGCUCUCGUCGCGCAAGACCCAGUGGAAGCGUACCUCAAAAGUCUCCCUCCAGGUGCGCCUCGCGAUGUCUUCGAGGCGGUCGAGUCUACCUCCAUCCACGCGCUUGAUGCCGUCUUCCUCAACAAGACACGUGUCUCUUGCAUCCUCGACUCUGGUUGUUCCGUCCUGGCCAUGUCCGAGGCCGUCUGUCAUCACCUAGGGUUAGCGUAUGACCCGAAAAUCAUCCUCCGCAUGCAAAGCGCCAACGGCGAAUUCAACUACUCCCUCGGCCUCGCCCGCAACGUCCCCGUUCAAGUGGGCACACUCUCGCUGUACCUCCCCUUCCACAUCAUUGCUUCGCCCGCCUAUGACGUCCUCCUCGGCCGCCCCUUCUCCGUCUGCGCAGCCAGCAUCGUCCGCACCCGUAUCGACGGAUCUCAGACUAUAACACUCACCGAUCCGUACUCUGGCGCCAACACCACUAUCCCAACCGCGCCUCGGCGACCACCGGAGUUCAAGAUGGGUGUCGAGGAUCUGGUCCAUGAUCAGGGAGAUAUCGCACUCAUCGCCGGCCCCCAUCCUGAUUCUCCCACCCCCGCCAUCAAAGCCUAUCCUAAUCUCGGCGACAACAUCAGCCUCUUCGACCUCGACCUACUACUCUAUUUAUCCGGCUGCGACCCCGAUUUCCCCAGAACUGACACCCUCCGUAACCCUUCUGUUCCGUAUACGCUCUACUACCCCGACUCACCCCACUCUUCUAUCCUCGCCUUCUCCAUCCAUUCACAUGCUCCAUCACCAUCUGCCCCGUGUCCGGUAUCCAUCUCGUCUCUUCCCUCCACGUCUUCCAUCAGCUCCUCAGUGCCGGCCCCCGCCGUUGUUUCCGCCAAGAAGAACAUCGCGCGACUGCCCUUCGACAUGCGUCAAGCUCUCUUCAAGGCCGUCGACAGAGACCAAUCGCGCUGGCCGCAAUACCACCACCAUAUCCUCUGGGCCGACCACAACACCGUCCAUCGCUGCCUCGACUGCUCCGCACACUCCGCUGUCACUGGGUCUCACCCGGCCCGCCCUCUUGACCUCGCCGAAGCCACUUUCCUCGAACUCCCGCCCGACGGACUCAUCAACACCCGCGCCCGCACGCUCGCACACCGCCGCGAAGACAUCGUCCGCACCCACGCCAAUGUCUACGCCGCCCGCAUUCUCGCCGCGAAGAAGCUCAAGCGCGAGCUCGCCUCCACCAUCCACCACUUCGACUCCACGCGCGGCACACUCGUGCUCGUCCGCGACGUCGCCAGCGAGAAAUCUCUCAAUAAAAGGACGCGGCCGCGAUAUCUUGGCCCUUAUGCGGUGCUAUUGCGCAAUCGCAGAGCUGCGACGUCCCUCGGCGACGACGACGAGCUCGACCCCACCGAAUCCAUCACCCCCGACCACGUCGAAGACGAUGAAGACGCGCUGUAG